CCCGGCCCUGCCGGCGGUCCCGGGGCUGCUGCCAUGGAGCUGCCGGCCGUCAGCCUCAAGGCUAUCAUUCUGGUACAUUGGCUGCUCACAGUGUGGGGAUGCAUGAAUUACAUGUUGCCUGUCUCCUAUGCCUGGGGAAAUUUCAGUGUCCUUGCAGUGGGGAUCUGGGCCAUUGUGCAGCGAGAUUCCCUUGAUGCCAUAACGAUGUUCUUGACUGGCCUGCUGCUCACAGUCCUCACAGACAUCAUUCACAUCUCUAUCUUCUACCCUUCCCACGACUACCUCAGUGAUGCCAAGCGGUUCAGCGUGGGCAUGGCCAUCUUCAGCCUCCUCCUCAAACCCCUGUCCUGCUACCUGGUGUAUCGGAUGUAUCAGGAACGUGGAGGAGAGUACACCUUGAACAUAGGUGUCAGCAGUGCAGGCCGGGACAGCAGCAGCUACGAGCCCAUUGAUCAGCCAGAGGCUCCUCCACAGUGGCCUUCCUCAAGCAAGGCAGCCCAGCCACCCUACUGAGCACCCUGCAGCCAGCACUGACAUUGCCCUUGCCCAGCCAGGCCUUCCUCUUCCCACUGAGCAGCACCUGCUACUGGGAAAACAAGAGAAGAGCUGAUUUUUUUUUGCCUGCCUAAAGGUUAGGGUGGUGCAGUAAGUCCAGAAGAUCUUGGAGGUGUCAUGUUAAGCACUGUGUAAUCCCAAUGCUCUCUUCCCUCCCCCUAAAUCCUCUGUACAUGUGAUGGAUGCACCUCCUACAGUCUUCCACUGUGCUUCCUCUUCUUUAUAAGAGAACCACUCAAAGCACUCCUGGACAAGCAAUCUUUAAAAGGCUCAUGGACUGCCCUAAAGCAACACAGUUUAGCCUGAUUUUAUGCAAUAUAUUUCCAGGAAACACCUGGGAGUUCCCAAGUGCUGUUUUUGAUGGCAUUAUUUAACUUCUUGUGCUCCCAGGAUCUGGUAUUGGGUUUUAUUAACUGAUGCUUUUAUGCAAGUUGAAUGUCCUUCAGGAUACUUAAAAUGACUGUUGAAUGUAGAUUACAGAUCCUUUGUGCCUUGAAAUGUCCUUUUGCCUUCAGCUGAUUGUCUUAACAGAAGUUGAAAUGUUACAUUUUUCUAAGAAAACUAUAAAAUGAACACAGUUUUUCUGUGUUAGAAAAAGUUA